UUGUGAUCCAGUCCGUCGUUUUAUAUUAACCUUGUGUGUGUUGGCCUGGUCGAUUACCUGAUCUGAAGGCGCGUUAUUUACCAAAAAUUAGGAAGGUAGAAAAUCUAUCUUUCCGCCCGCAGACGUAAUCAAUUCCGUGUUGUGACCGUGCCAUUUUCCUCACGCUACUGGUUGUGCGCAUCGGGCAGGUUGUUUUUUGCGCUGGGGGAAACCUUAGCAACGCGAAAUUCGUAGCAGAAGAAAAGUGUGUUGUCAUCAACCAUCGUCGCUGCUGCCUCUCACGGGGAGACCAGCGACAGCGACGUCGGCGUUGGUUUUUCCUGCGUAGUUAGGCAAGGGUGGCGUACCCUCGCCUGCGUUGGCCCACGCCGUGAAAUUGUGACCCGUUUUCACCGAAACUUUGCGCUGGCCGCUUGAUGUCGGGGUCGUUCGUAGCCCGAAGAUGAGUAAAUCGUACGAACCGCAGAUAAAAUGGAGAGCGGACGAGGUCGACGAGCUGGUGGCCAGCAUGAAGGAGCGCGACCUUUUAGCACAAUCGGAUGGAAAGAAGCGUCGCUCGCUGGAAGUGUUUGCGGUGGUGCGCAGUGAUUUGAUGCGGAAAGGCAUUUUCCGCACGGAGGAACAGAUACGCAAGAAAAUGAACGAACUACGCAAACAGUACUUUGAGGCGAAUCGUUCGGGGUCGGAAAAUCGGUACGAGCUGUGCGAGCAUUACGAUGCGCUGCACGAUCUAUUUACGGAUGCACAGCGCAAGCUGGACAAGCGGACAGAACGUUCUCGAGCGGGCCGGAGCAAGCGUCGCCAUUCGUCGCAGAAUGGCGGCCAGGAUGUGCCGCACUCGGUGCAAGUGAACCUUUCGAAACAGAACCGCGGCCGAAGUGUUAGUGGUAGCAGUGUUUGCAGCAGUGCGCCCAGUGUACACCACAACGGCGGUGGCGAGCAAAAUCAGCAGCAACACUCACAGCAGAACGGUGGCGAAUCCGUGCCGACCGGUGGACGAAGGAGCAAUGCGUCACCGGCACAGCCGACAGUGCCGGACAAGUUUCAUCUGAAGCAGUGCGCCUAUCAGCCCAAUCUAAACAAUUCCCUAGCAAAUUUGUGCAAAAACGAUCGGUACGCCGAUGUCAUGUUGUUGGUUUGCAAUGAUCACGAUAGUAUUGCAAUACCAGCCCACAGGCUCGUGCUAGGAACGUUCAGCCCGUACUUUGCGAACGUGUUCGAGAAGUUUACGUUUGCAUCGUCAACGCCCAUUAUCUACGUGGCGCUGCCGCCGAACGUUACGCGUGCCGCCAUCCAGUGCUUGCUGCAGUACAUGUACACCGGCGAAGCGAUCGUACACUCGAAAAGCCUGGACGACGUGAUGGCGUGUGGAGAAUUUCUUCGGAUCAGUGGAUUCUCCGCCAAGAAGGCUAGCAGCAUGUUAAGGAAACGCCAAGGGCUCGUUUCGGUACCGCUCGUUACCGUAACGAAAACGAUCAACAUGGAUGCAUCGCUGCAAAGCGAUGCGAGGCACGGCGAAAGUGCAACGCCAGCACCGGCCAGCACGAGUACGGCGCGUGUUUCCGCGCCCUCAACACCGGUACCGAUGACGGUGCGGCCGUACUAUGAUUCUCAAUCACCACCCCGCAAAAUGGCCCGCCAUUAUGAACCGCUGGAGCAGCAGCAGCAGCAGCAACCGGUCUUUCAGCAGCCGAUGCAAAUGCAGCCAUUGCGACACAGUCUACAGCGGACGAUGUACCAAGACGAGCUGUUGGAGCAGCAGCUGAUGCAGCAGCAACGCACCCAAAUGCGACAGUACGCCCCACAGCGGCAACAGCUUCAACAGUAUCAGCAGCAGGACAUGGCAGACGAUUUUUAUCAACCGUUGCAACCACCGAUGCGUCAGCCGCAACGUCUUAUGAUGCAGCAGCCCCUACAACAGCAGCCAACCUUGCUGCAGCAGCGCUAUCACACACAGCAGCUGCCGCCGCUCGAUAUGGAUAUGGAACAGGAUCUGUUGCCGGUGCAACCGCUUCAGAUGCCACGCCAGCAACGUCAGCAGCAACAAAUGAUGCCAACGCAGCAACAGCAGGAGUCACCCAUGUAUCAGCCACAAUCGGUGCCCCUUUCCCGGCAACAGCUGUUGCAGACGCAGGCCCGGAUAAGGCAACAAAAUAUGGCCCUCCUUCAGCAACCGCAGCAACAGAUGGUGCAAAAUUCCCUAUUCCUGCAACAGCAACGUCAGCAGAUGCAAUCACAACAGCUGCAAGACGCCCAGGAUGAACUCCAGCUGCCGGAACAAUUGCUCGUUCAAUUGCAGCAGCUACUGGAACCGCCACAACAACCAGCAGCAGCACCAAGGCAACAGCAGCUUCAACCUCUACCGUCAACGUCACAGCAACAGUCUCAGCAACCGUUGCAACUGAGAGCACAGCAACAGCAAUCGCAACGCGAUGAAACCCUAGUACAACGACCCGAACAACAGCUGUUGGCUUCACAGGAACUGUUAGAACCACGCCGACCGUCCCUCCCGAAACCACAGGACGAUUUAAUCCAACCGCAAGAGCUGCUAGAUGAGUCACAGGAGCUGUUGGCACUGCAGAAAAUGGUUCGUUCAACGGUACAGCAACCGGUCCAACAGCGUCCGUCGGUACAGCAAAAACUACAAACCGAGCUGAUAAAGCCACAGGAGCAGUUGGAUGAAUCGCAGGAGCUGCUGGAGCCACAGAAACCGCGCCAACCGGAGCAAAAGAUUCAACGACCGAACCAGGAGCAGUUAGAGCAGCCAAAGCAACCUCAACGUCCGUUAAAGCAGCAGAAGACGCAACUAAAACCGGAUAGUAAUAAUGUCGCUCGCGUCACGAAGGAAGCGAUUGCGGCGCCGAAGGAAAAUCCUGAUCCUGUGCUGGAAAAAGCAAGCAAUGAUGCUGCUGCUGCUGCUGCUGCUACUGCUGCUACUGCUAGUGAUAAUGCACCGGAAGAAACAGCCGAAACGUCCAAGGGAAAUGACUCAAUCGACAAGUCACUGGACGAUAGUGCGCAUACGCGAAGCGAUAGUGAGAUAGAGUUUCUGGAAAAACCACGCAAAAACACUAUAUUUGAAGAGUUUCCCGACCACCGAAAGCUGAAGCUGAUCGAAGAUCACGAACAGCGCAAAAAGGACAUUAUAAAGGAGUACGAGGAGCAACUGAAAAAGCCAUCGCCUGCGACGACUGCUACUGCUGCUACUGCUGCUCCUGCCCAUCCGCUGGUGGAAACGCCCGAAUCGUCACCAUCGGUCGCGCCCGUUUCGCCCAAAUCGCCCGUAGUAGCGCACCGUUACGCAUCGAAAUCUCCACUGCCAGCGACGGUUACGGCACUGCGCCAUCGGAAACCGUGCCCCCAGCGCCAACCGACGCCACCUUCACCCGGACCGGACAUUAUCGAUACGCUCGACAGUAUGGUGGUGCUGACGUCGGAUGAAUCGAUGAUGGAGAUUAUAGCGAAAUCGCCCGAAUCGCAAACGUCACACUUUAGCACCCGGUCCCACAGCCCGGAAAGUCAGGCCAACAUUGAUGCGCUGAUCGAGCAUAUGAGGAUGCCGGACACCGAUGCGGCCAUCUUUGUGAACAGCUCGAUGGAGGAACAGUCGUGCGAUGAGUUGGACGGUGAUAGCAACGAUCAUCAGGAGGGAACACCGCUGGAUCAUCUUGUUUCGUCGCGCUUAAACUGUCAGCUUUGCUACGAAUCGUUCACCACGCCGCCGGAGUGGGUACAGCACGUGUCGGGCCAUUGCGUUGCCGAUAUGGGACUGUUGAAACGGCGACGAAUUUCGAACGAUGACGAUAGUGACUUUUUCCGGUGUGACAUGUGCUCGUCGUACUUCAUAUCGGCCCAGGACUGGCAGAAUCACGUAGCCAACCACGAAGACCAUGACGACGUUUAGGAUGGUGGGAUGCUCGCGCAUGACCCCUAACCCGUCGCCAGGGUGUCUUCUUUUUUUAUUUACAAAUCGAAAGUAGUUUUUACACCUCUUCCCUAAUUGUUUCCUUCGCGGGUGUAUUUGCUGAUCUUCAUAUACACACGCAGGAGGAUGUGAAGAUGGAUUGUUUUUAAUAGCAGGUGUAAUGUCUAAUCAAAAAGCGAUGAUCAAUGUAAAGUAGGAAGGCGCUGCUGCUGCUGCUGCCGGAAGGAGGAAGAUGCUAUUAGUUAUGAAACACGCUAGGAUACAACUAAUUCUUUAACGAUUGCUCCGCGAAGAGGGCCAACAGUGGCCGCCAAUUUAUUUGAUAGCUCUAUAGAAACACAAACAAAUCCAUACACACACACACACAUAAUGCAUUAAAGUGAAAGAACUAUUGUACAACUCGGAGGAAACAAUUUCGUGAAAUAUAGUUUUUUCCUUUUUUAUCCUUCUGACUUUCGAAAA